GAACGAGUCAGGAAGUGGAGAAGGGAAGUGGUUUGGUUGCGUCACGUUGAUUCUGCUGCACGUCGCAAACUCAAGAAACUCGAAUAAUGUCCUAAAAACAUCUGGGAGGAGCAAAAACCUGCAGGACGACAGAGACACAGAGACACAGGAGGAAACACCGGAGGACGACGGAGCAAGACUCUAAAAUGUUCAACAUUGUAUUAGUUUUGAAAUUUUGAAAAAAAAUUGGGAAUUUUUUAAAACUAAAAAUGAGGCGAGUUCGAAGAAAAGGAGCAAAUAAAGACAAAGUGUUUGGCUGUGAUUUAAUGGAGCAUCUCACAGCCACAAACCAGGACGUUCCUGUCGUCCUGAGGAGCUGUAGUGAGUUUGUGGAGGGUCAUGGGAUCGUGGACGGCAUCUACAGACUGUCAGGAGUGUCCUCCAACAUCCAGAAGCUCAGGUCGGACUUUGAGAGCGACUCGUGUCCUGACCUGAAUAAGGACACGUACCUUCAGGACAUACACUGUGUCAGUUCUCUGUGUAAGGCGUAUUUCAGAGAACUGCCCAACCCUCUGCUCACCUACCAGCUCUACGACAAGUUCGCCGAGGCUGUGGCUCUUAAACUGGAGGAGGAGCGACUGGUGAAGAUCAGAGAUGUGCUCAAAGAACUGCCCCCUCCUCACUACAGGACGCUCGAGUUCCUGAUGCGUCACUUGGUUCGAGUGGCGUCUUUCGCCUCAGAGACAAACAUGCACUCAAGAAACCUCGCCAUCGUCUGGGCCCCCAACCUGCUGCGGUCGAAGGAGAUCGAGGUGUCUGGGUUUAACGGCACGGCGGCGUUCAUGGAGGUCAGAGUUCAGUCCAUCGUCGUGGAGUUUAUCCUCACACACGUCACACAACUGUUUCCUGAACCAGGUGUGUCCACCGAGAGGAGGAAGUCCCUCCCCUCUCCGUCCAUCCUGUCCAAUCAGGACGAGCUGUUCUUCAAACCACACCCCACAGUGAACAUCGGCAACCUGAGCCCCGGGGACGGCCCUCUGCCCAUACGGCCCUAUCACGCAAUCAUCGAGGGCACUGACAAGAGAAAAGGUUCUCUGAAGGGCAGGAAGUGGAUGUCCAUCUUUAACAUCGGCGGACGGUUCCACGAGACGCGUCGUCGACACAAACACUCCACGAAAGAAAAAGAACAUCCCACCCUGAGGUCAGCGCGGAGCAUGGACUCACUCAGCUCCUCCUCCAACAACAACGACCCCAAACGUUCCCCGCGCCCUCCCUCCUCCCACCUCUCGCCCCUCGCCAUCCCCCACUCACAGCCGACAGCUCCGCCCGAUCCCGCGCCCUCCUCUUCACCACAAGGGGGCAGUAUGUACGCCGUCACCUACCGCAGAGGCACCGGACUGGUCAACACCGGGACCCAGGGCACUUACACGGCCCUCGACCCAGAGGGACUAGGACCCGGUCCGGAGCCCGUCCAGACUCGAUCCCCCGGGAUAUCGGCCAAAGCGGAACGAAGGAUCGCCAUGCACAUCACCGGACCCACCAUGGUCACCGUCCCGCUGCACAUCACCUCUAAUUUAGCCUUUGGAGUUCUGCAGGGAGGAGGCGCAGACCGGAUCAUUCACAGAGGACGAGACAAGGAGCAAGGAGACGCCAGGAGUGAAAAGAGAAGAAGAGAGGAGGAGAAGAAGGAGGAAGAGGAGGACCCGGACACAAAGACUGUUCUGGAAAAUAGUGAGGAUGGAGGAGAGAAAGAUGAGAGAGAGGGAGGAGGAGAGGAGGAGGGACCAGGAGGAAAGGAGGGACCAGGAGGAAAGGAGGGACCAGGAGGAAAGGAGGGAGGAGGAGAGGACAGAGAGAAGACUGGGAGAGGACAGUGUCAGUGGGAAAUGGACUCACUGACCAAGACACGAUCCAAAAGUCAAAGGUCAAACUCAGACCAACAAAACAAAGAUGAGGCCCCAGAGGAGGAGUACGAGGAUAUGGCUGGGAUGAAAGGACGUCACUGUGAACAGGAGCCAGGAGCUGUAGAAGACUCUGCGUUUGACCCACAGGAGGCGCUAAACUCCAGUGAAGUGGACGACCUCACUUUGUCCGGAUACGUUCAGGACAACUUUGACUUUCUGGACCAAAUGGACUGUAGCAUCAUGGACUGCAGCGUGUCCAGCCAGGUCACUGAGUUUUCUGUGGAGCCUCCGGGACACUACGAUGAAGAGUACGAAAUCAUGGACCAAUCACAUCCCAGUCCAACCCAAUUAACCACUCCCCUUUCUGUCAUAGCCCCUCCCACUUCCCCCGUAGCCCCUCCCACACACAUGAGCCCGCCUCGUCUCACCGUGGACAUUUACAAUCAUCACACCAAGUCUCUGAGUCUGCCGUACAUUACAUCGCCAACGCCGCGUCCGGACGAGUGCAGCUCCGAGGACGCCACGGCGAGCGACGAGCGCGAGUACACGAGCAGCAGCGACGAAGAGGAGGAGGAUGAAGGCAUGUUUGUGAAAAGUUUACCGUCCGAUUUCUUUCUGAGUAAUUUAACAAAUACAGAAAUACAAGUCGACGAUGGAGAUCACGAGCAAAGUGUUUUAGACGAACAAGAUUCACAAAGUCGUCAAGUUUCCAUCGAGGAGAAGGAUGAAAAUGUGUUUGUGAAAAGUUUAUCGUCUCAUUUCUGCGUAAAUAACUUGACAAAUACAGAAAUACAAGUGGAUGAUGGUGCGAGCGUCGAAGAUGCACAGAACGAUGAGCUGGAAACUCCACAAAGUCUCCAACACGAGACUUUGGUCCAAGAAAAUCAAAACGCACUUUGUCAAACGAGCAAGUCGCCGGACGAAGAUCUGCACGACCCACAGAGUCAGUCUGGAGGAGGUGAAACUGUAGGAGGUGAAACUGUAGGAGGUGAAACUGCAGGAGGUGAAACUGGAGGAGGUGAAACUGUAGGAGGUGAAACUGGAGGAGGUGAAACUGGAGGAGGUGAAACUGGAGGAGGUGAAACUGGAGGAGGUGAAACUGGAGGAGGUGAAACUGUGGAGAUGCACAAAGACGAGCCUGAUGCAGCUGAAACUUUGGCAGAAUUUGAGGAAAGAAAACACAGACAAACGUCAGAAAGUUUAGAAGAAACAGGACCAGAUGUAAAUAAAGAGGUGCUAUAUCAAACUCCUGAACCAGAGAACGACGACUUGGACGUCGCUGAAAGUGAAACUGUCGUCAUGGAAGAAACUGAAACACAUGGAUCAGACCAAGAAGAAGAUUUGGAAGCUCAGUGUGAACAGGAAGUGGUUGCUAAAGAAGUGAAAAGGCACGAAGAAGAUCGUUAUGAGGAAAUAGACACGAGUGUUACAAGUUUUGAAGCGGCCGACAGAGACACAGACGAACCUGCUCCAGUCUGUGACAUAAUGGACCGAGUGGAUCAUGUACCUGAAGAACACGUCACAUUUUAUAAUCCUCUGUGUCAGGAGGAAGAGGAAACUACAGGCGGCCAUUUUGAUUCAGCGAAACAGGAAGUUUGUGACGACGCUGAGCAGAUCGUCCCGUCUGAACCGGACGAACGAGUCGAUGUCGUAAUCGAGCUGCAAGAACAAUCUGAUCAUGAAGAUAUUUUUGAAAAUGAAAUUGUCAAACAAGAAACUAUUGAUAAACUCGAUAAUAUUUGGGACGAUCGAGGUGAAGUGAUCGAGGAUUUAGAGACACGAGCGAAAGUGGAAAUAUCAACGGACGACGACGAAACAGAAACUGAAACGACGACAGACGUAAAUAAUGUGGAAAAUGAGACAAUUGUUUUGCAAAACAACAAAUCUGAAAUAAAUAUUAAACUUGAGGAUGAACAUUUUGAGAUGGAACAGAACCAAGAUGUUGCUAAUGAUGCUAAUGCUAAAGAUAUAAUAGACAAACACGGCCACGCGUCUCCAAACGUCCCUCAGCCCGAGGAACCUCUGGACAAAGAGGUGCAUUCUGGGAAAGGCGUCAGGAGCAAAGUUGUAACGACAAAAUUACCAAAAUUUUAUCAGGUUAAAGCCGUCCCCAUCGUCCCGCCGAAACCACAGCACUGCAAGCUAACAGCGCUAAUGCUACGUCAACAUCAACAGCAAAAGGAACGAGCCCGAGAGGAGCGGGUGAGCCACGGCGCGGAGCCGGAGGAGCCGGCGAACACGGCGCCACGAGCGAUGGAGCGACGGCGAGACGGCGACGACAGACACAGCCCUCAGAGCAUGUGUUUCGACGAGGCCGUGGCCAUCGCAACUCUACGGAGAGGAAGAGCGAGGGACAGCGACAGAGACAGGCAAAAAGAAUAGAAAAAAACUGAGCGCGACAUUCUCUGGGGGUGUGAUGCUAACUGUAGGCACUGCUCUGUCUGAGGCUCUGUUUAAUCUGAGCUUUAUUUUAACACCAUUUGACCACAAAGAACUGACUUAGUUGGAAUUUCAUCAGGUGAGACAUGCACACAGUUUACAGCCCUAAGCUAGCAUUAGCAUUAGCAUUAGCAUUAGCGUUAGCCUCUCACCUUUUUGUGUAAAAUCAAACUGAAACAUAAACAUUCAGAUCAGACUCCUGGACACGAGCUUUUUAAAAACAGUCUGGAGUUUUCCGUCUUAAAACUUAUUUGACAGUGUUUGCUAAAUGUGUGCACGGUGUCACCAUGGUAACCGCAGAGCUUUCUGCCACAGACAUACAUGCAAAACACCCCCAGUGUGAUGUAUUAAUGUGAAUUUGGGCAGUGGGAGAAGAGUGGAGUCCAGAGUGAAGCUCUGCCUGGAAAGUUACACAUCAGAGCUUUCCAGUGGAAAAUCCAACGCAGUGACAUCUCCAUGGAGACAAGCAGACGACCCUGGAACUUUAUUUAUAACAGAACAGAACCAAAGUGUUAUUAAAACAAUACAAACUCAGUUUACUUAAGAACAAAUCUGGUAAAACGUCGACGUCUCAAACUGUGAAGAGAAAAGAGAUUUACAAACAGCAGAGGAAAAGUUCCACACUGCAGCUUUAGGUUUAUCUGACACA